CUAACAUCCUGGAUGUACAAAGUUGCUCCCCUUAGAAACAAAGUUGUCAUUUGUUUACAAAAUAUAGAUCUGUAUGUUUCAAAUAAACAUAUCCUUCAUUAAUUUUUUGUUUAUAGUUGUAAGUAGCUGCUGUGGUAUAGAAAGAUUGCAAGCAUCUAAAGGAGGCAGGCAUUUCAGACAUGUUGAAAAGUGACAGGAAUAUCAAGUAGUGGCACAGUCACUAGAGAUUUUACUCUGGAAACUUUUGCUUUGGAGAUUUUACCGUUAAUGUCUUGUAUGUGAAAAGUCAAAGUAACAAAAACAGUGUAACUGUAAUAGUUCAAAAUAAGACUCAAUAAAAAAAGAGCUUAUGUAAGGGGUACGGUAUCCAACCAGUUAAACUGCUGAAAUUUUGUUGAGCCACCACUGACUGCAGAAUGAAAAUGCCUGCAAAAUUUUCUUGCAAUCUACGCAUAGUUGACCGUGUCAGUGCAAAGUGAAAAUUUAGCAGUUACAGAUGAAUAUGGGCGAGAUGACUACAUAUUUGGUGAUGCAAAGAUACAUCUGGAAAUAGCAUUACAUGGGGAUAUUUUCAAGUUGUUAUUAUGUAAGAUGUCAUCAGGAAACAGUUUAUAUCAAUUUAUCUGCUUUGUUCAAGAACAAGGCACCUUGAAAAAUUAAUAGGGUAAUUUAGGAAUGAAAUUUUGAAGCAAAUUUGACAGGAUUAAAAUGGAAGGAUUACAGAAAGAAACUGUAAACUAUGACAAGACUGUAUCAGCAUUAGUUGGAGAGGGUGAACAACUUGAACAGCAUUUUACUGGUAUACAAGGUAACUCUGGACCAGAUGUAGCAGCUGGUGUGACAGCACGUGACUCCUCAAACUAUGAGGGUGUAGAAUUAGGACACCCUAUGACUUACCCUAACAAAGUAAAGAAAUUUAUCAAUAACAAGAGCAGUGAUGAGGAACUGAGUGAGAAUUACCAGUCUCUACAAGUAGAUAUGACAUCAGAAGAUAAGGAUGUUAAUGUUAGUGCUUCAGAUGAUGUAUUAGCAUUAUUUCCCUUUGUUUGUGGUAUAUGUGAUGAAAAAUUUAACACUUUAGUAAGUUACUUUAUGCAUAUUUCAAUGCAUGAAAAUGCUAACGCAUUGUUACACUGUUGUGACCAGACAGAUGUUUAUGAGGAUUGUAUCUUGUUUUCAUGCGGAAUUUGUGAUGUAAAGUACCCAACUUUUUGUACUCUAUACCAACAUCUGCUUGAAACAGAAGGUGUGACUGACUUUGUUUUUAGGGGCAGAGAAAGAACAGCACAUGCUUAUACUGAAACUAGUGAAAAAUUUGAAAUUCCACAAAACAAUGCAGAGUGUUAUAGUGUAGAAGAAAGGGGAAUACAUACUCUUAAUAAAUGUAUCGAUUCAAACAUUUCAACAAAUGAUAUAAAGUUUGAUAUAAAAGGUUCAUUUGACGAUGUUAAAUUAAGGGGUAACUCAGGGGAUGACUCAGAUACAACAAUAAUCAAUGAGAGUGUUGUUGGAGAAAAGAUUAAAGUUGGAAGAAAAUACGUAAAAGACUUAAAGGUCAUUGAAAGAAAAUGUGUGAAGAGUAAGAAAAGAGGUAAAAGAAAAAUAAAUGAUAAAAAUGCAAAUAAAACAUUGUUAAAUGAAUGUAAGAAGACUAAAAGGACAGGUGUCCUUAGAAAGAGUAUCCUUGCAGGCACAGAUAGGAACUCAUCAUUGAGAAUACAAGGAGCAGACAUGCCUGCUGUUGCUCCUAAUGAGGACGAUGAUUAUGAUGAUGAAAAGUUAGCUGAUGGUAUAAAUGAUGAUGGAAUUAACAGUCAUGAAGAUACUCUGGUAGGAAAAUGCACAAAGAAGAAGCGAGGGACAGUAAACCGUAAAGAUCAACUGUUUCCAUGUGAGGUAUGUGGAGCAGUUGUUAAACAUCAGUACCUGCAGAGACACAGAAGAACUCAUGAAGAACGUACACUAGCAUGUGACCAGUGUGACAAUGUGUAUAACUGUAAGUUCAAACUACGAACUCACAAGAAACAAGUCCACACUGAUGAAAAGAAGUUUAUUUGUGAUGAAUGUGGUAAAAGUUUCAAAGCCUGGCCCUACCUCAGACAACACAGACAAAUCCACAUCAAAGAGAGAAAUAUUCUGUGUCCUGUUUGCCCUAUGAAGUUCAAAUAUGCGGCAGUGUUAAAGGUGCAUUUGAAAACACAUUCAGAUCAGAAGCCACACAACUGUGAGCAGUGUGGAAAGAAAUUCAAACGAGCUGAUUUGUUAACAACACACAAAAAAUAUCACAUGGAGGAGAAACCAUUUCCUUGCCCUGAAUGCUCAAAAACGUUCAAAGUAAAACAAGACAUGAAACAGCAUUUUAAGAUUCAUCUACCGCCAAAGUUUUUCUGUGAAAUCUGUGGAAAGUCUUUUGUUCAGAAGCACAAUUUGCGAAUUCACAUGAAAGUUCAUGGAGAACGUCAUAAAAAAUAGAAAUAUUAUGCCAUUAAUUUGGAAUUUGUUGUAAAUUGCUGGAGUUUUAAAGAAAGAUAUGUAAAAGAUAGACAGAGAAUAUUGCUCAGAGGUGUGGGGCUGUUUGAUUUUAUUACUAGACUGAUUUUUCCCAGCUAAAGUAGCAUGUUUUGAAAAUAUGAGUCUGUUGAAAAAUAAAAAUUUAGAUGACAUUUUUACAUAUUGAAAGAUUUUUAUGCCCCCGAAGGGAGGCAUAUAGUUUUUGAACCGUCUGUCUGUCUGUCGGUCUGUCAGUCUGUCGGUCUGUCCGCAAUUUUCGUGUCCGGUUCAUAUCUUUGUCAUCGAUGGAUGGAUUUUCAAAUAACUUGGCAUGAAUGUGUACCACAGUAAGACGACGUGCAGUGCGCAAGACCCAGGUCCGUAGCUCAAAGGUCAAGGUCACACUUAGACGUUAAAGGAUAGUGCAUUGAUGGGCGUGUCCGGUCCAUAUCUUUGUCAUCGAUGGAUGGAUUUUCAAAUAACUUGGCAUGAAUGUAUACCACAGUAAGACGACAUGCAGUGCGCAAGACCCAGGUCCGUAGCUCAAAGGUCAAGGUCACACUUAGACAUUAAAGGAUAGUGCAUUGAUGGGCGUGUCCGGUCCAUAUCUUUGUCAUCGAUGGAUGGAUUUUUCAAAUAACUUGGCAUGAAUGUGUACCACAGUAAGACGACGUGCAGUGCGCAAGACCCAGGUCCGUAGCUCAAAGGUCAAGGUCACACUUAGACGUUAAAGAUCAUUUUUCAUGAUAGUGCAUUGAUGGGCAUGUCCGGUCCUUAUCUUUGUCAUUCAUGCAUGGAUUUUAAAAUAACUAUGCAUGAAUGUGUGACACAGUAAGACGAUGUGUCACGCGCAAGACCCAGCUCCGUAGGUCAAAGGUCCUAAACUCUAACAUUGGCCAUAACUAUUCAUUCAAAGUGCCAUCGGGGGCAUGUGUCAUCCUACGGAGACAGCUCUUGUUAUGAUAUAUAAUUUAAGCAUACUUUUUAGCUUUUGUGAUCGCCCUGUGUCCGUCAUCCGUUGUCGUCAAUCGUCUGUCCGUCGUCCGCAACAAUUCGACUGUUAACACUCUAAAGGUCACAAUUUUAGCCUAAUCUUAAUGAAACUUGGUCAGAAUGUUACCCUCAAUAAAACCUUGGACGAAUUUGAUAUUGGGUCAUCUGGGGUCAAAAACUAGGUCACCAGGUCAAAUCAAAGGAAAAGCUUGUAAACAUUCUAGAAGUCACAAUUUUGACCCAGUCUUAAUGAAACUUGGUCAGAAUGUUACCCUGAAUAAAAUCUUGGACGAGUGCGAUAUUGGGUCAUCUGGGGUCAAAGGUCACCUGGUCAAAUCAAAGGAAAAGCUUGUUAACACUCUAGAGGUCACAAUUUUGGCCCAAUCUUAAUGAAACUUGGUCAGAAUGUUACCCAUAGCAAAAUUUUGCACGAGUUCGAUAUUGGUUUAUCUGGGGUCAGAAACUAGGUCACCAGGUCAAAUCAAAGGAAAAGCAUGUUAACACUGUAGAGGCCAUAUUUAUGACUAUAUCUUCAUGAAACUUGGCCAGAAUGAUAAUCUUGAUGAUCUAUAGGUCAGGUUCAAAUCUGGGUCUGGUGGAGUCAAAAACUAGGUCACCGGAGAAAGUUUGGGCCUAGGAUCUCGACACCUAAAAGGAGUUUGAUUAUGACCAGCAGACAACCCUUACAGAAUUUUAGGUCAGUAGGUCAAGGUCACCGUGACCCGGUACUGUUAAACCGUUUCCGGACGAUAAUUGGAAAUGCUUGGGCCUAGGAUCACAAAACCUGAUAGGGAGUUUGAUCAUGACCAGCAGAUGACCUCUAGAAUUUGAGGUCAGUAGGUCAAAGUUCAAGGUCACAAUGACCCGGUGUACAGUUAAACAGUUUCUAGACGAUAAUUUGGGAACGCUUGGGUCUUGGAUCACGAAACUUAGGAGGGAGGUUGAUCAUGACCAGCAGAUGAUCCCUAUUGAUUUUUAGGUCAAAGGUCAAGGUCACGUUGACUCAGAACAGUAGAACAUUUUUGCCAAAUAACCAGAGAAUGCUUUGGUCUAAGAUAAAAUUUGAUAUAGAUGUAUUUCUGUUCCUUGUGCGGUGACUGAAUGCAUCAAGGGGGCACUUCGUGUUCUACAAGCUCUUGUUGCUUAUUGUAGUCUGAAAAGAUUUAGACAACUUUCAUGGUGAAUUUCCAGAUUUUAGUUUUAUUCAUUGAGAAAAUGUCUGCAUACGCGCACAACUGAUACACUGCAGAUUACAUGGGAGCAUUUUCAGAGGAUGUUGUUUUUCAAAACAUUUUUUUUUUCUUGUAUGUAAAAUGACAAGUCAAUAUUUUAUAUUUGUUAAGACGACAUGUUAUAUAUAUCUGGCUGUAUAUGGUUUUCUUAUCGUGGAAAAGCUCUUAUUUAAGUACUGUGAUUUAAUUCUUUAAUUUAUCCCCCGCCAAAGGCGAACGUUUAUUAGAAAUGCUGUCAGUCCGUCCGUCCGUGUCUGCAACGAUCUUUGUCUGGAGCAUAACUCCAAAAGUACUGGAGGGAUUUUCUUCAAACUUCAUACACUGAUAGAACAAAUUGGGAGGAAAUGCAAUGUGCAAGAACAAUAACUCUACCUUGCCUAUUUUUUGAGUUAUUCCCCUUUAUCAUAUUUUGUUAAAAAAAUUUGUCCGGAGCAUAACUCCAAAAGUACUGGAGGGAUUUUCUUCAAACUUCAUACACUGAUAGAACACAUUGGGAGGAAGUGCAAUGUUCAAGAACAGUAACUCUACCUUGCCUAUUUUUUGAGUUAUUCCCCUUUAUCAUAUUUUCUUAAAACAUUUUGUCCGGAGCAUAACUCCAAAAGUACUGGGGGGAUUUUCUUCAAACUUCAUACACUGAUAGAACACAUUGGGAGGAAGUGCAGUGUGCAAGAACAAUAACUCUACCUUGCCUAUGUUUUGAGUUAUUCCCCUUUAUCAUAUUUUCUUAAAACAAUUUGUCCGGAGCAUAUCUUCUUCAUGCAUGGAGGGAUUUUGAUAUAUCCUGGCACAAAUGUUUACCACCACGAGGCGGAGUGUCAUGCGCAAGAACCAGGUCUAAGGUCAAGGUCACACUUAGAGGUCAAAGGAUACAAGAAUGAAAACCAUGUCCGGAGCAUUUCUUCUUCAUGCAUAGAGGGAUUUUGAUAUAACUUGGCACAAAUGUUCACCACCACGAGACGGAGUGUCAUGCGCAAGAUCCAGGUCACUAGGUCUAAGGUCAAGGUCACACGUAGAGGCCAAAGGUCAGAUACAAGAAUGACUUUGUCCGAAGCAUUUCUUCUUCAUGCAUGGAGGGAUUUUGAUGUAACUUGGCACAAUUAAUUAUACAUCAUCAUGAGACAAAGUGUCAUGCGCAGUUCCCUUGUUUAGAAUUACUUCCCUUUGUUGUUACUAUAAAUAGCUUUUAUUGUAACUUUUUCAUUACUAGUAGUAGGGAAAAUGUGUGGACUUGCAAUUUUUUUUAAAUUUUUUUUUUAAGAUUAACUUCCCUUAAUUGUUACUAUAAAUAACUUAUAUUGUAACAUUUUUAUAAUUGACCAUAGGGAAAAAACAAGGCCACUUUUCUGUGGUACAACAUAGAUGUUACUCUCCAAUUUUAGGUGUAUUUUAUUAUAUAUAAGGUAUCUCUACCUGGUAAGGAGUUUUUUUGUGGACUUAAAAAAACAGAAGACUUACAAUGAUUACUAAACAACCACAAAAUUAACAUUCCAUUUGCAAAUACAGCUGCGACGGGCAUAUAUUGUGACAUUCUGGCGCUCUUGUUCCCUGUUAGCUUUCCAUUCCUUCUUUUUACAGUAGCCAUAUAGAAAAACAUCAUAGCUAUACUGUUCAUGAAAAUUAAUAAAAUUUAGCAGUAAACCACCUCA